GACACACCCUAGUGAAUCACUAUAUGAAAAAUGAUGUUUUUGUCAUUUGAUCUUUCUCCCUUUCCUCUUAUUCCAAUAAUCAUAGCGUUAUUGCUAUUCAUUCCAUAUAAAAGGUUUUUAUCUGCUACAAAGACCCACAAAAACCAACCACCAUCCCCAAGAAAGCUUCCAAUUAUCGGAAACCUUCAUCAAUUACUAGGCUCGAACCCCCACCAUUCAAUUCGAGCCUUAACCCAAACACAUGGUCCGCUUGUGCUCAUUCAACUUGGCAGUGUACCCGUGCUUGUAGCCUCAUCAGCUGAAGCAGCCCGGGAAAUCUUGAAAACCCAUGAUGUAAUCUUCGCCAGUAGACCCAAAUUAAGCAUCAUCGACGCACUUACUUACGGAUCAAAGACCAUAGCAUUUUCUCCAUACGGAGAGUAUUGGAGACAGAUCAGGAGCAUUGCAGUGCUUGGACUUCUAAGCAGUAGACGAGUUCAGUCAUUUAAACGAGUGAGAGAAGAGGAGACGCGUCUUAUGAUUGACACGAUUGGAGAAGGUUGUGGCUCUUUAGUUGAUUUAGGAGAGUUGCUUAAUUCGCUUACCAACAACAUAGUUUGCAGGGUAGCCUUUGGGAGGAAGUUUAAUGGAGUAACAUUCAGCCGCUUGUUGGAAAGGUUUGUAUAUCUGCUUGGUGCGUUUUCUGUUGGGAAUUAUAUUCCAUGGCUUUCAUGGGUGGAUCACCUUAGUGGUUUAAAGGCAAAAACAAAAAGAACCGCUCAAGAAUUUGAUGAGAUUCUCGAGGUUGUUCUUGAAGAACAUAUAAAUAAGAGAAGAGCAGUUGACGGCGAUGUGGGUGGUUUAAGUAAUGAAAACCAAGAUUUAGUUGACGUCUUACUCGAUGCUCAAAGAGAAAAUAGUGAAGAUACUACCAACUUUACCCUUCACAGAGACUUUCUUAAAGCUGCCAUCAUGGACAUAUUUGCUGCUGGAACUGAUACAACAUUCUCAGCCAUGGAGUGGGCAAUCAGCGAGCUAAUAAGGCAUCCAAAAGUAAUGAAAAAGUUGCAACAAGAGGUUAGUGAAAUAGCUCAAGGAAAAUCGAUGAUCAGUGAGGAAGAUUUGGAACAUAUGUAUUACUUACAAGCUGUCCUCAAAGAGACCCUGCGGUUGCAUACUCCACUCCCGCUGCUCAUUUCUCGAGAAUCAACACAAAAUGUGAAACUAAUGGGGUAUGACAUUGCAGCAGGCACACAAGUGAUUAUUAAUGCUUGGGCAAUAGGAAGAGACCCUUCGCUCUGGGAGGAAGCAGAGAAGUUUAAGCCAGAGAGGUUUUUGGAUAGUUCUGUUGAUUAUAAAGGGCUGCAUUUUGAGUACCUUCCAUUUGGUGCUGGAAGAAGAGGGUGUCCGGGUAUUCAGUUUGCAAUAGUUAUUGAAGAGCUUGCUUUAGCAAAUCUUGUGUACAAAUAUGAUUUGGCAUUGCCAGAUGGUUUGAGAGGGGAGGAACUGGACAUGAGUGAGCUCACUGGUCUUACACUCCAUAGAAAGUACCCUUUAGUGGUUGUGCCGAAUCCUCGCUUCUAGUAGUUGCAUAUGUUUUACAAUAGUCUUUAUCAGGAAGUAAUAUAGUUCUUCACUUAACAACCUAUGAUGUACUAAAAGAUUCUCGUAUGCUUUUGCUAAUGUUAAUAUCCACUUUAGCUGCUUUCUAUAAAAGACUCAAAUGUUUAAUGUUGA